AUGCACGGGGCAGCCCGCGCUCCGGCCACCAGCGUGAGCGCCGACUGCUGCAUCCCGGCCGGCCUGCGCCUGGGGCCGGUGCCCGGAACCUUCAAGCUGGGCAAGUACCUGUCAGACCGCAGGGAACCCGGGCCCAAGAAAAAGGUGCGCAUGGUGAGAGGGGAGCUGGUGGACGAGUCGGGGGGCUCCCCUCUGGAAUGGAUAGGGUUAAUCCGGGCAGCCAGGAACCCCCAGGAACAGACUCUCGAAGCUAUUGCAGACUUACCAGGAGGACAGAUCUUCUACCGAGCGCUUCGAGACGUCCAGCCAGGGGAGGAGCUGACCGUGUGGUAUUCCAACUCCUUGGCUCAGUGGUUCGACAUCCCCACAAUUGCAACUCCUACGCACGACGAGAAAGGGGAGGAGCGCUACAUUUGCUGGUACUGCUGGAGGACGUUUAGAUACCCCAACAGCCUUAAAGCCCACCUACGUUUCCACUGCGUGCUCAGCAGCGGCGGGGGCCGAGCCUACCUGCACCACGAGCACGCGGCUCGCCAAGGCGCUGCCCAGGCCGCGGAUGGCCUUCCCUUCUCUCCGAAACCCCCAGCGCCCGACUUUGCCGCGGCCGCCCGGGCUGGCAGUCUGCGGCCCCACCCGCAGGGCCCGCCGCCUCUCCAGGCCUGCGGAGCGCGGGAGAGUAUCAAGCGCGAAGCCGCCUCUGCGCCCUCGGCCACGUCGCCACCCCUGGCAAAGUGGGGGCAGUCCAAGAAGGGCAAGGAGCAGCCGGACCGCGCCCUAGACAUGAGCGGGGCCGCUCGGGGACACGGCCACUUCCUCGGCAUCGUAGGCGGCUCCCCAGCGGGGGGCGGCGGCCUGGCCUUCUACCCCGGAGUGCGCUCGGCUUUCAAGCCAACCGGCUUGGCCAGGGCGGCCGCGGCCGUGCAUGGCGACCCCUACCGGGAGGAGGGCGGCGGCAAACCCGGCUCCGGCUUGGCCUUAGGCAGGUUCCUGGGCGCGGGCCGGGCGGGCGGGCGCCCGGGAAGCGGGGAGAACCCCGCGGCGGGCGGCGCCGGCCACCACCAUCACCACCACGCGCACCACCACCAUCACCACUCCAAGUGCCUGCUCGCCGGGGACCCCCCUCCGCCGCCGCCGCCGCCCGGCCUAACCUGCUCGGGGGGCCUGCGCGGCUUCCCUCUGCUCCCCGGUCCCCCGGAAGAGGCGUCAGCCUUCAAGCACGUGGAACGCGCCCAGCCAGCGGCGCCUGCGCUGCCGGGAGCGCGUUUCGCCCAGUUGCCCUCAGCGGCCGGGCUGCCCGUCGAGCGCUGCGCGCUGCCGGCCCUCGACGCGGGCGGGCUCAAAGCCUACCAGGGUGGCGAGUGCAGCCACCUGCCUGCCGUCAUGCCGGCCUUUACCGUUUACAACGGGGAGCUACUCUACGGCUCCCCGGCCGCCGCCGCGUAUUACCCGCUCAAACUGCACUUCGGCGGGCUGCUCAAGUAUCCGGAGUCCAUCUCCUACUUCAGCGGGCCUGCGGCGGCGGCGGCCGCAGCUGCCGCUCUAAGCCCUGCGGAGCUUGGCUCCCUGGCUAGCAUCGACCGAGAGAUCGCCAUGCACACGCAGCAGCUGUCCGAGAUGGCAGCCGGGAAGAGCCGAGGCCGCCUGGACGCGGGGACGCUGCCGCCGGCCGUCGUGGCGGCGGGAGGCGCUGGGGGUGGCGGCAGCGUAGGCGGCGGCGCCGGCAAGUCCAAGACCGGCCACCUGUGUCUCUACUGCGGCAAGCUGUACUCGCGCAAGUACGGGCUCAAGAUUCACAUGCGGACGCACACCGGCUACAAGCCGCUGAAGUGCAAAGUGUGCCUGCGGCCCUUCGGCGACCCCAGCAAUCUGAACAAGCACAUCCGGCUGCACGCCGAGGGCAACACGCCCUACCGCUGCGAGUUCUGCGGCAAGGUGCUGGUGCGCCGCCGGGACCUGGAGCGCCACGUCAAGUCCCGCCACCCCGGCCAGCACCUGCUGGCCAAGGCGGGCGCCGGCCCGGGCGCGGGGCCUGAGUACCCCGCGGAGCCUGGGGAGCCCAAGAGCGACAACGACAGCGACGUGGACGUCUGCUUCACGGACGACCAGAGCGACCCCGAGGCUGGAGGUGGCGAGCGCGACUCUUAA